CGCGAGGGUCAGAGUGAGGAGUGUUUACACCGGCGGCUCAGCGGCCGGGCUCCUUCCGCGGGACGGGGAGAAAGAGAGAGCGCGAAAGAGAGAGGAUGUCUCUCUCAGACUGGCACCUGGCAGUGAAGCUGGCUGACCAACCCCUUGCCCCCAAGUCUGUUCUCCGCUUGCCGGAGACAGAGCUGGGUGAAUACUCGCUGGGAUGCUAUAGCAUCUCGUUUCUGAAGCAGCUCAUUGCUGGCAAACUCCAGGAGUCCGUUCCAGACCCCGAGCUGAUUGACUUGAUCUACUGCGGCCGGAAGCUGAAAGAUGACCAGACCCUGGACUUCUACGGCAUCCAGCCUGGGUCCACUGUCCACGUCCUACGCAAGUCAUGGCCUGAGCCCGAUCAGAAGCCGGAGCCUGUGGACAGAGCGGCUGCCAUGAGGGAGUUCCGGGUGCUGCACACGGCACUACACAGCAGCUCGUCCUACAGGGAGGCGGUGUUUAAGAUGCUCAGCAACAAGGAGUCCCUGGACCAAAUCAUUGUGGCUACCCCAGGCCUUAGCAGCGACCCUGUGGCUCUGGGGGUACUCCAGGACAAAGACCUCUUCUCUGUCUUCGCCGACCCCAACAUGCUGGACACGUUGGUGCCUGCACACCCGGCCCUAGUCAAUGCCAUCGUCCUGGUACUGCACUCAGUGGCAGGCAGCACUCCAAUGCCAGGGGCUGACUCCUCUUCACGGAGCCUGCCCUCCAGCUCGUACCGGGAUAUGCCAGGUGGCUUCCUGUUUGACGGGCUCUCAGAUGACGAGGAUGACUUCCAGCCUAGUGCCCGGCCCACGCCUUCCAGUAGCACCUCCAGUUCCCGCCCAGCUUCUCUGGGCUACAGUGGGGCUGCUGGCCCCCGGCCCAUCACCCAGAGUGAGCUGGCUACCGCCCUGGCCUUGGCCAGCACCCCUGAGAGCAGCUCUCACACGCCAACUCCCGGCACCCAGGGCCAUUCCUCCGGGACCUCCCCACUAUCCUCCAGCGGUGCACAGUCUGGAACGCCCAUCACCAGUGACCUCUUCAGCCAGGCUCUGCAGCACGCCCUGCAGGCCUCGGGGCAGCCAAGCCCACAGAGCCAAUGGCAAACCCAGCUGCAGCAGCUGCGCGACAUGGGCAUCCAGGAUGAUGAGCUGAGCCUGCGAGCCCUGCAGGCCACCGGGGGUGACAUCCAGGCAGCCCUGGAGCUCAUCUUUGCUGGAGGAGCCCCAUGAACACCCUGGCCCUCUGAGCCCUUAGCAGGUUGCAGAGACGGCCACCCACCCCUCACCCAUCCUCUCCCCAAUAUAGCUGAUAGUGGUCGACUCU